AUGGCUGUGCGCGGCUCUGCACACUCAGUGAGGUCGGCAAACCGCGCUGCGCCACGUCGUGCCGCUCCGCGCUGCGCAAAACGGUUGUGCGAGGCUCUGCGCGCUCACUGUGGACGGCGAACCGCGCUGCGUCACGUCGUGCCGCGCCGCGCUGCGCAAAAUGGCUGUGCGCGGCUCUGCGCGCUCAGUGUGGACGGAAAACCGCGCUGGGCCACGUCGUGCCGCUCCGCGCUGCGCAAAACGGUUGUGCGAGGCUCUGCGCGCUCACUGUGGACGGCGAACCGCGCUGCGUCACGUCGUGCCGCGCCGCGCUGCGCAAAAUGGCUGUGCGCGGCUCUGCGCACUCAGUGUGGUCGGCGUACCGCGCUGCGCCACGUCGUGCCGCUCCGCGCUGCGCAAAACGGUUGUGCGAGGCUCUGCGCGCUCACUGUGGACGGCGAACCGCGCUGCGUCACGUCGUGCCGCGCCGCGCUGCGCAAAAUGGCUGUGCGCGGCUCUGCGCACUCAGUGUGGUCGGCGAACCGCGCUGCGCCACGUCGUGCCGCUCCGCACUGCGCAAAACGGUUGUGCGAGGCUCUGCGCGCUCACUGUGGACGGCGAACCGCGCUGCGUCACGUCGUGCCGCGCCGCGCUGCGCAAAAUGGCUGUGCGCGGCUCUGCGCACUCAGUGUGGUCGGCGAACCGCGCUGCGCCAUGUCGUGCCGCUCCGCGCUGCGCAAAACGGUUGUGCGCGGCUCUGCGCGCUCACUGUGGACGGCGAACCGCGCUGCGUCACGUCGUGCCGCGCCGCGCUGCGCUGCGCAAAAUGGCUGUGCGCGGCUCUGCGCACUCAGUGUGGUCGGCGAACCGCGCUGCGCCACGUCGUGCCACUCCGCGCUGCGCAAAACGGUUGUGCGAGGCUCUGCGCGCUCACUGUGGACGGCGAACCGCGCUGCGUCACGUCGUGCCGCGCCGCGCAGCGCAAAAUGGCUGUGCGCGGCUCUGCGCACUCAGUGUGGUCGGCGAACCGCGCUGCGCCACGUCGUGCCGCUCCGCGCUGCGCAAAACGGUUGUGCGAGGCUCUGCGCGCUCACUGUGGACGGCGAACCGCGCUGCGUCACGUCGUGCCGCGCCGCGCCGCGCUGCGCAAAAUGGCUGUGCGCGGCUCUGCGCACUCAGUGUGGUCGGCGAACCGCGCUGCGCCACGUCGUGCCGCUCCGCGCUGCGCAAAACGGUUGUGCGAGGCUCUGCGCGCUCACUGUGGACGGCGAACCGCGCUGCGUCACGUCGUGCUGCGCCGCGCUGCGCAAAAUGGCUGUGCGCGGCUCUGCGCACUCAUUGUGGUCGGCGAACCGCGCUGCGCCAUCUCGUGCCGCUCCGCGCUGCGCAAAACGGUUGUGCGCGGCUCUGCGCGCUCACUGUGGACGGCGAACCGCGCUGCGUCACGUCGUGCCGCGCCGCGCUGCGCUGCGCAAAAUGGCUGUGCGCGGCUCUGCGCACUCAGUGUGGUCGGCGAACCGCGCUGCGCCACGUCGUGCCACUCCGCGCUGCGCAAAACGGUUGUGCGAGGCUCUGCGCGCUCACUGUGGACGGCGAACCGCGCUGCGUCACGUCGUGCCGCGCCGCGCAGCGCAAAAUGGCUGUGCGCGGCUCUGCGCACUCAGUGUGGUCGGCGAACCGCGCUGCGCCACGUCGUGCCGCUCCGCGCUGCGCAAAACGGUUGUGCGAGGCUCUGCGCGCUCACUGUGGACGGCGAACCGCGCUGCGUCACGUCGUGCCGCGCCGCGCCGCGCUGCGCAAAAUGGCUGUGCGCGGCUCUGCGCACUCAGUGUGGUCGGCGAACCGCGCUGCGCCACGUCGUGCCGCUCCGCGCUGCGCAAAACGGUUGUGCGAGGCUCUGCGCGCUCACUGUGGACGGCGAACCGCGCUGCGUCACGUCGUGCCGCGCCGCGCUGCGCAAAAUGGCUGUGCGCGGCUCUGCACGCUCAGUAUGGACAACGAACCGCGCUGCGUCGCGUUGUGCCGCGCCGCGCUGCGCAAAACGGCUGUGCGCGGCUCUACGCGCUCACUGUGGACGGCGAACCGCGCUGCGUCACGUCGUGCCGCGCCGCGCCGCGCUGCGCAAAAUGGCUGUGCGCGGCUCUGCGCACUCAGUGUGGUCGGCGAACCGCGCUGCGCCACGUCGUGCCGCUCCGCGCUGCGCAAAACGGUUGUGCGAGGCUCUGCGCGCUCACUGUGGACGGCGAACCGCGCUGCGUCACGUCGUGCCGCGCCGCGCUGCGCAAAAUGGCUGUGCGCGGCUCUGCACGCUCAGUAUGGACAACGAACCGCGCUGCGUCGCGUUGUGCCGCGCCGCGCUGCGCAAAACGGCUGUGCGCGGCUCUACGCGCUCAGUGUGGACGGCGAACCGCGCUGCGCCACGUCGUGCCGCUCCGCGCUGCGCAAAACGGUUGUGCGAGGCUCUGCGCGCUCACUGUGGACGGCGAACCGCGCUGCGUCACGUCGUGCCGCGCCGCGCCGCGCUGCGCAAAAUGGCUGUGCGCGGCUCUGCGCACUCAGUGUGGUCGGCGAACCGCGCUGCGCCACGUCGUGCCGCUCCGCGCUGCGCAAAACGGUUGUGCGAGGCUCUGCGCGCUCACUGUGGACGGCGAACCGCGCUGCGUCACGUCGUGCCGCGCCGCGCUGCGCAAAAUGGCUGUGCGCGGCUCUGCGCACUCAGUGUGGUCGGCGAACCGCGCUGCGCCACGUCGUGCCGCUCCGCGCUGCGCAAAACGGUUGUGCGAGGCUCUGCGCGCUCACUGUGGACGGCGAACCGCGCUGCGCCACGUCGUGCCGCUCCGCGCUGCGCAAAACGGUUGUGCGAGGCUCUGCGCGCUCACUGUGGACGGCGAACCGCGCUGCGUCACGUCGUGCCGCGCCGCGCCGCGCUGCGCAAAAUGGCUGUGCGCGGCUCUGCGCACUCAGUGUGGUCGGCGAACCGCGCUGCGCCACGUCGUGCCGCUCCGCGCUGCGCAAAACGGUUGUGCGAGGCUCUGCGCGCUCACUGUGGACGGCGAACCGCGCUGCGUCACGUCGUUCCGCGCCGCGCUGCGCAAAACGGAUGUGCGCGGCUCUGCACGCUCAUUUGUCUCUGUGCGAAUUCUUGAACAUGUUGCUGCAUUUCGGAAGCUGCCGUACAGUGCAUGA